AAACACAUCAGACACUCCCAACAGGCGGCAGACGAGCCGACUCUCUCUCUCCAUUCACAGCAGUCAGGCUGUGCAGUUCAGUCUGAAGGGACAACACUUCCAAUACUGGUCUGAGGGAGCACCAAGUCUCUCACGGAAUAUAUGCAAGUACGCUAGAAGUAAACUGGGAACCAGGACCAACCAUCUAUUUCAACAAGCCCUGAUCAGUGUCAGUUGCUAAACAGUGGCAGUCUCCAGGCUGUCGUUUCAUUAGGAAUCAUUUUGAUCCUCACUGUCAGCCUCUUAAACUCUGUGGUCGACAACUUCAGCGCAAUCAUGGUUCUGUGUGAGGAGGGCGACUGCAGCGUCUGCUUGAUGCCCUACUCGAGGGUGGACAGGGUCCCCCGGGUGCUCCACUGCAGACAUACCUUCUGUGAGACGUGCCUGGAGACGAUGUCGCAGGCCAGGAGCGGGCUGCUGACCGUGGGCUGCCCUUUGUGUCGCCGGGUGACCUGCAUAGGCCGCGGCCUCAGCCUGCAGGAAGCCCUCUGGGUCAACAGCAGGCUGUGGGAGCAGAUACCAGAGGACGUGGACGCAGAGAUUGAGGAGGAGGGCGGACUGAAACAGGAAGCUGAGGCGGAGAGGAUAGAGGCUAAACAACAACCCUCGUUACAGGCAGAAUGCAUUUCCUCCAGGUCUUCCAGAACAAAGCUCAAAUUACCCGCAUUCUUCAGGAAGUUCAGUCUGACAAAGCAACACCAAGAGAGAAUCAUGCCUGGCAGUAACGUGGAAAUGAAAUCGUGGCGCAGGCUUUCAACUGAAGAGACAUUUUAAAGAAAAAGAUGAGAUGGACAGAGGGUGAUGCGACAUGUUGCAGAUGCCUCUUUAAGACGUGACUCAGCCUUGUCAGUGGGAGGAAAGUUGAGGCCGUUAGGACCGAGAAUCCAUUUGUGUUCCUGUCAAGAUAUUGUUUUGUCCCCAGCCAAAGGUGCCCCGUCUCCCCAUUAUUUAUUCUGGGCUUAAUUCUCCCAGCUGGUGCUGUGGGAUUUGGUUCAGCUGUCCCAGAGGGGCUAACACCCCAAGACCCCCUCAUAACAGAUGGUCUCCUGAGGACAUUCCCUUUUACAUUGCCAUUGCUGAACACUGAAUAUAACUUAUUGUUUUCUUUAUUUAUGACAGCAAGUUGACAAAGUAUUUAAUAAAACUAUUUUUCACAGAA